UCGCUCGCUCACUCACUGCCUCACUCUGAGCGUGAGGCGGUCUCUCUUCCUCUCUCCCCCUCUCUCUCCCCUCUCUCACACACACUCUCUCUCUCUCUCUUUUCCUUUCUGUCUCUCUCACCCAGUCUGGACUCAGAGGGACCGGGAUUUUUUUUUUUUUUCUCACCAAAAGAAAAGUACACAGAAGCUUUCAGAGGCGCGAGCAAGAGGACCUCGGUCUGGAUUAUCACCGAACCAGAGAACUUUCAUUAUUUUCAUUUUUUUAUUUUUUUGAUAGGCACGGGGAAAUGGAGCGCGCAGUGUGUAGUUUAUUCUAAGGACACAUCCCAAAGCAAGUGUUUUGUUUUGUUUUUUGUUGUCUUUUUCUUUUUUUCUUUUUUUUCCUUUUUUUUUUUUUUUUAUCGCGGUGAAAUCUGUCUCGUCGGGAUGAACUUGCAGUGGAGCAGCCCGGCACCAGCCUGCAUCCGCACCGGGAGAGUCGCGCACAAGCGGCUGGACUCGGACGACCAGCCGCCGGCCAAAUGCGCCAGGCUGAGCGCCGAGGCGGGGGACACGCAGGGACUCCUCGGCACCUCUCCCGGGUCCCCCGUCAGCCCCGUCUCCAGCCCCGUCCCGGCGACCCACCAGGGGCCAUCCCGGAUAGGACCGUUCCUGCUUCUACCUCUGGCGGACCGGGAGAGCGUGCACAGCGCGAUGAACACCGACACCGGCGAUGAGCUACUGUGCAAGGUUUUCAAUAUGGGGGUGUACCAGGAGAAGAUCAGACCCUACGGGGUCCUCCCAGCCCACAAGAACGUGGCCGGCAUCAGGGACAUCAUCCUGGGCGAACGCAAGGCCUACGUGUUCCUGGACAAGGACUUUGGGGACAUGCACACCCUGGUGAAGAGCUGCCGCAGGCUGGACGAGGAGCGCGCCUGCGGGCUCUUCCGUCAGGUGGCCCUGGCCGUGGCCCACUGCCACCAGGCCGGCAUCGUGCUGGGGGACCUCAAGCUGCGCAAGUUCGUCUUCGCUGACGAGAAAAGGACGCAGGUGAGACUAGAAAGCCUCGAGGACUGCCGCGUCCUGGAAGACCCCGACGACGACUCCAUGUCGGACACCCACGGCUGCCCUGCUUACGUCAGCCCGGAGAUCCUCAGCAGCUCCGCGCCUUACUCGGGCAAGAUGGCCGACAUGUGGAGCCUGGGGGUCAUGCUGUACACCAUGCUGGUUGGCCGCUACCCCUUCCACGACCCCGACCCGGCCACGCUGUUCUCCAAAAUCCGCAGAGGCCAGUGCUGUUUGCCAGAGGGCCUGUCGCCCAAGGCCAAGUGUCUGCUCCAGAGCCUGCUGCGGAAAGAACCCUCUGAGAGACUCACGGCGGCUGAGCUGUUCGCUCACCCGUGGUUCCACCAGCCGCCGUCGUCGCAGGAAGUGGCGCUGGGUGAACAGGAAGUGAGCUCGGCGGAACAGAUGGUGCCGUCCUUUGACGCGGAAGAGGACGAUGAUCUGUUCUGCUGACGGACUCAAUUCAGCUGCGUCUGGCUGAGGGACCAAAACAGAAAUGGCUAUGAGGGACUCGUCGUUGUUGUUGUUGUUUUUUACAUUGGCACUUUUUAGAAACCCAUUUGUGUACUGUCGAGUGUACAUACACCCUCAAGCUUUCUACAAAAAACUUACUGUACUGUAUUUUGUUGUCGUAUACGUGUUACUUGCUAAGGGCAUUGUCCACAAUGAUCAUUCAUUGUGUUCCAAUAUGUGUGUGUGUGUGUGUGUGUGUGUGUGUGUGUGUGUGUGUGUGUGUGUGUUUUUCGUUUUUUUUGUUUUUUCGUUUGUUUUUUUUAAUAAUUUGGUGCUAAAAGAUAUAACUCAGAAUUUGCCAGAUCAUGUCAACAAAAUUAUCUCUGCGGGCUCCCAUGAGUGUACCACGGAAUGAUAACCCCACGGCGAAUAAGACACCGAUGCUUUGCUCUCAGCCUGGACGCUCUGAAGGGAGGCGAAGGAGAGCGGGAUGUUGUUCCUCUCACUCUCUGACCAGGCUGGAGGCUUCACCGGCUGACUCACUCACCGACUGGCUCGAAGAAGGCCUAGUAAAAAGCUUUGGACGUCUCGCAGCAGGCAGUGUCACAGAGUGAGAAAGAUGGUUUAGCAGAAGACUGAUGUGUCACCCUCAGCAGGGGGGGGGGGACGCUGCGAAAGGUGUCUCGCUGCCAAUCUGGCAACGUCUCAGCAAGUGGAAGAGCGUUUACAAAUCUCACACCACGCGCAGAAGGUCGAGGGAGGCAGGGUGGCACUGAUGUAAGGCUCAAAACAAGAAGAAAAAAAAAAGCCACAAAGCACUGGCACCGGGCUGACAGGGAGAGGGACGUUUUCUCCUUUUUUUUUUGGUUUGUUUUUUUUUUCAAAACAUGCACAAACAAAAGCUAAAUGAAUCAGAUAAAGGUUACAUCUGAACAGGAAGCGUGCAUUAACAGUCUGGCCUUGCAAAAUUCUGAUUGUAAUCAAUCUGUGUGUGGAGUUAGCCACAGCUAAACACUAACACUGACGCUAUUGGUGUAAAAGAAAGAAACGCUGCGAGGGGGACUCACAUGUCUUGGCAGCAGCCAGACACGACUGGAUAAUUUGCGCGCCCAGAGGCAUGCUACAGUAGGAGUUCUGCGAAAAAAAGUGGAAAUACGCAGAAUUUCGGUUGGAACUUCCUCCUGACGCAACAUGCUUUAUCUCUCAAUUCAGCGAUGUUUGUUUUCUCUUAAGAAAUUUCCAGUUAAUGAAGCAUCGAGUGAGAAAAAAACAGCAAAAAAAAAAGGAAGACCUCUCAGCUGUUUUGUUCUUUUCUGUCGGAACGUUAUGUCGAGCCGUGUCGCUUUAACAAAGCCAGAGCUGUGCUGAGUGUUCGUGCCCGUAUCACUGUGUUUCAUAAACUGAACGGCUCUGAAUCAGUCGCAGUCAGGCGGCGUUUGAUGUCGGUUUGUCGGAUGAUGACUCAACACUCGAAGCGUGUCUGUGGAGAAUGGCCCUGACCUUGGCUGGAAGAAUCUGUUCUGACUGUUUCACCUCUCUAAUGGUACUUUUUUUUUUCUUUCUCCCCCCCCCCUUAAUUUGAAAUGUUUCGCAGUUGAAAAGCUGCGGAGACUAGUCAUCAUAGUUAGUGACACAAUGCGCCGCGCUCGAAAAAAAUCUGUGACAGGCGGAUGCGGUCCGCAGCCAGCUAUCACAUUCUGGCACAGUUGUUUUGACAAUGGUACUAAGUCUCGGAAGCGCUGUGCAUUAAAAGUUUUGGGUCACGAGGUUUGGCUGAUAAAAAAAACAAAAAAAAAAACAAAAAAAAAAUCAUUGCAGUUCUUUUGAAUAUUCCUAUUCUCAUCUGCUUGAGACACCAGAUGGGGGCAAACGUGUGACAAUCUGAACUUGUUUCUCACAGAAAAAGUAAUUUAAGAGAUUUAUGGUUUUCCUUUCUGGUUCAUACAUGUAAAAGCGAGUCACACCUUCAUGUGACAUGUAGAGUAAACUGACACGGGUGCACAAACUUCAUAUUGCACUGUGAAUUAUGUAUUUGUGACACAACCUACAGGCUACUAUUGGUCCAAACAGGUUACACACAAGAGAUAUAUUCAUUGUACAAAAGAUGUAAAUAUGUAUAUUUGAAAUAUGUGUGGAGACGUUGAAUAAAGAUCACAUUUUUUCAUAUU